AUGCUAACUAGUGAAGAAGAUUUUGAAUUCGAUGACAUUUACAUUGUUAUAGCAGGGUUAUCUAACACCUAUUCACAGUACGUCACUACAUAUGAAGACUACCAGGUGCAGAGAUACGAGGGUGCUUCUACACUAUAUGGUCCACACACACUGAGUGCAUACAUUCAAGAGUUUAAGAAACUUGCAAUGGCCCUCAUCAACGAUGAACAAGUAGAACCUGGACCUCAACCCCCUGAUCUCUUUGAGAAGCAAAUAGGCUUACUUCCACCAGUUGUGGUGGAUGGAAUUCCCCUUGGAGUAAAUUUUGGGGAUGUUUGUGCUGAUGUGCCACAGAACUCAAGCUUCAAAAGUGGUGAGAUGGUGACUGCUUCAUUUUGGUCUGCUUGUCCUCGCAAUGAGCUUAUGACUGAAGGCACCUUUGCACUGUUGGAGUUUCUCCAAGAAAAGGAUGAUUGGAUUCCUGCAUAUGAUGAUGAUGAUUUCUGUCUGCGCUAUAAAUGGUCAAGGCCUUACAAACUGAGUUCAAGGAGUAGAGCAACAUUGGAAUGGAGGAUACCAGAGGGUGUGACUCCUGGUGUAUACAGAUUUAGACAUUUUGGUGCUGCAAAAGGUUUAUUUGGAUCAAUUCAUCACUUUACAGCAUCAUCCAGUGCCUUUGUAGUAACAUAAACUAAAGGGAGGCAUAUUCUUGCUUGCAGCCGUUACUAUAUUUAUGAUUUGUCUUGCUGAACUUUAACAGAAUCCCUUCAAUCCUAAUGACGGUUGAUUCAACUACGAUCACCUUUAUACU